AUGCAAUAUCCAAUACUAAGACAAUUAUGCUUUGUUACAUAUUCUUCUAUUCUCAAAUCUAAAUCCUAUAAUCAUUCUUAUUGGAUACAACAAUAUUCUACUUCACCUAUUUAUAUUUAUCCCUUAACAAAAUCUAUACCAUUAUGUUUACCUAAAAUAUUUGAUCAACAAUUUAUUACUAAUUAUUGUCAUAUAAAUCAUUUACCAUGUUAUUAUAAUCAUGAUCAAAUUAUUAGUAAAUUACCUAGAGUUCAGUCAACACGUCGUGCUGAACUAUUACAUAAUCAAUUAUAUAAUAAUAGUACUGAUCAUACUGAUCAUGAUCAUGAUCAUCAUAGUGAUCGGAUCAAAUCUUUAUCCACAUCUCAAUCAUCAUUUCAUCAACAUCAAUCACGUCAAUCUAUCCAAAUUGCAUUAUAUAAUUAUGUAUUAAAUAAUUUACUUGGUUUAUCUAAUCUACAAUCUACAUUGAAUACUCAUAAUCAUUCUAUACCAUUCUUAUUAGAUCUUGGUUGUGGGAUCAAUCAUUUAGAUAUUAUCAAUCAUUAUUUAUUAACUAUAUCGAAUUUUAAUCAAAAAUUCAUACCAUUAUGUAUUGAUCUAUUCAAUAAUAAUAAUAAUAAUAAUAAUAAUAAUAAUAAUAAUAAUAAUAAUAAUAAUAUCACUACUCCUACUCCUACUCCCACUCCCACUCCCACGCCCACUCCCACUCCCACUCCUACUCCUACUACUACUACUACUACUACUAAUAAUAAUAAUAAUAUUAAUAUCACUACUCCUACUCCCACUCCUACUCCUCCUCCUACUACUACUGAUAAUAAUAAUAAUAAUAAUAAUAAUAAUAAUAAUAAUAAUAAUAAUACUAUCACUCCUCCUCCUCCUCCUCCUACUACUACUACUACUAAUAAUAAUACUAUCACUCCUCCUCCUCCUCCUCCUCCUCCUCCUACUACUACUACUACGACUACUCCUCCUCCUCCUAAUACUGAUACUGCUACCACUACUACUACUACUACUACUACUACUACUACUACUACUACUACUACUACUACUACUAAUACCAAUACUAGUAGUAAUGGUAAUGAUAUAUUCAAUUAUAAUAUCCAUUUAAUCAAAUGUAAUUUAAUGAAAGAUGAUAUCAUAACAACUGGAUCACAAUUAUUACCAUUUAGAGAUCAUUCUAUAGAUUAUAUUAUAUCGAUAUCAUUCUUACAAUGGUUAUUAGGGAAAGAUAAAUCAUGGUAUAUGAUCAAACAAUUAAUGAAUGAAAUUAAACGUUUAUUAAAUCCAUCAAUUGGUGGUCAAUGUAUAUUACAAUUUUAUCCAAGUCAGCUAAUUGAUAUUCAAUUAAUUAGUGAAAUCAUUGAAACAAUUCAAUCGAAUUUCUAUGGUUGUUUAUUAAUUCAUCAACCCAUAGUCAAUCGUGAAAAAAAUAAAGUAAAUCAAUAAAUUAGUCGAUAUGGU